CACACCACUGUCUCCACCAAGAAGUCUGAGACAUUCUCGACAUUCUCGACAUUCUUGACAUUCUCGGACAAUCAACCUGGUGUCUUGAUUCAGGUGUAUGAGGGUGAGCAUGCAUACAUGAAGGACAACAACUUGCUCAGCAAGUUUGAGCUAUCUGGCAUUCCCCCAGCACCUCAUGGUGUUCCUCAGAUUGAGGUCACCUUCGACAUUGAUGCCAAUAGUAUUCUGAAUGUCUCUGCAUCUGACAAAACUACCAGUGUAAGUCAA